AUGGCUGCUAGUAUGGUCUUGCCCAAGGCAGGCUCACCUGCUAUUGCGCGAUCUGGCUGCUAUUUGCACAUAUCUCAAUCACUAAGCAUGUACCGAUACACCGCGGGCACGCCAUGUCCGGCACCGCAAUCAUCUUAUGCCGGCAGCUACUACAGUGACCGUGGAUAUGACCUGUCUGCAUACGCGCCAGGCUAUGCACCAGACGACACCACCGCAAACAUCGAAUACACGACAGAGGUCAAGGCUGAUGCACGACCACGCCAGACAAAACCACGGAGACCGGUGCGCAACUUGCACAAACCUGCAUUCAACCCAUCACUGGACAUUUUUGAAGAUGUCGCGCAGGAGGAUGACGACAAGCACCACCAUCAGCAGACAGAUUUAGGGGUGAAGAGGAGGAUUCGCGCGUCUGUGAUGCCAGAUGGUGCACGGAAGAAGAGGAGCACCAUCCUAUCGCACCCGGCGCAAAAAAUCCCAAAGGCUGUUCUUCCGCGCGUUCAAGAGUCCCUUCCAGAGAAACAACAGCGAGGACGCGUUUCGCACGCUCUGUCCGAACGCCACUUGUCCGAUAUGAAUGCGACAGUACAGCUACAUGAAGACCUGCUGGAGAAGAGGGAUUCGAAGAAGCUAGGCCCCAAGAAAGACCCACGUCGAAGAACCAUAUACGUCCCAUCUGACGAUACUACCGUGGUAACAAUUCACCCUGGACAGUCGACACACGUACCACGAAAUCCAAGAGAAAAGUCUCCAGACAUCGGGCUGGAUCUGGUCACAUUGUCAGAAGAAGAGGGGAACAAUCUGCUUCCGGCCCUGAAGCGCGAGAAGAGAGCCCCGCGCAAGUCGCUUGCCGUUCCGCCAAAACGCGGACCACUGAGUACUUCAUCGCGUUCGACACAAAGCGUCUCCUUCUCAAGCGAUAUCAUGGGCCAAGGUGGUGGGAAGGAGAACCUGCCGCCUGGAUUGGAGAUUCUAGAGAGCAAGGGCAACGGAACUCACCGCAUUGAAAUCAAUUUCUCUGCGGCAGACAUCCAGAAGCCUGUUACAAAGUCUUCCAAGGUUCAUUUCGACGGGGUGAAAGAAGUAGAGCGAACGCAUCACGCGAAGAAACGGCCAGAGGGUACCCAAAAAAGGGCGCGGCCGCCUACAAUCAAUGAUGACGCGCCGACCAAAGCGCACAAAUCAAGAGCAGAUGCGACUGCAUCCAUCGUAAAUAGUAGGGCAUCAUUGCGCACAACCAUCAAAGCAGAGAGGGCAAAACUGGCAAGAACGAAGCGUGUACCACUCUCAUCGUCUCCUUUCUCAACCAACAUUUCCCCUCCCACCGCACUUCGCCGACAACGAACUGAACAGGCACCGGUCACUAUGAUGCACGUUGUAGGCAAGCGAUCACAAGCACCAGAAAAGUACCCUGUACUAGAUGAAGACUUGGCGCAACCGGAGCUUUACGAGGAUAAUUGGCUCACUUACCAAGAGGUAGCCAUAACCCAGCUUCUGAAUGCAGUCUUCGACAAAGCCAACUCUAAUUCCAACCUUGAACAAAGGUCUGCAGAUUUGCGCAAGAAAAUGCUGAGUUUGUACCACGAUCCAUCUAUACCAUCACUGCACAAGCGCCUCCAAGCUUCUCUGCAGUACGGUGCCUUGAGCAUACCGAAAGACCUUCUCGCACAGACUUCAAGACUGAAAGAUGACGUGGGUUUGCGCAAGAAGUUUCUCAACCUGUGGACGAAGUCAUACGAUCUCAGUGCUCUCCGCGCUGCAGCUGAAACCGUUAUUGGUCGUCAAAUCGCAACGCCAUGCCGCUUGUCCACUGGUUCGACGACUUCAGACGAUGGUUCUCGUCAAUACCGUGCCGAGCGACGCGCGAUCGAAGCUUUCUUGGACGCAUUUCUUAUCAAGAACGAGGAUGCUGUGCGCGUGAAGACAGUAGGUGGUAGCAUUGCUAGCCUCACCCGCAAUGACGACGAUUUCGGAUCUCAGGGUUGGUCAUGGAGGCGUACAGUACUGCGAAGUCUGAUGCUCAUUCUCUUACUAGACAAGGCGAAGUCAACCGCUAUCCUCCCUGGUUGUCUAUUCCAAUCAACGUCAACUCACAAAACAUCUGUCGAAGUUCUGCAUCAGCUCUCACACAUGCUGCUACCAUCACUAGGUGACAUCACCCGUCCUCUAGGCCACCUUACCUACAAGGUCAAACAUGUGCAGUAUCCACUACAGGAGUACACUUAUCACAUUGAAAAUAUUGCCAUCGACCUCCGUGAUGGUAUUAUGUUAACACGUCUUGUAGAGCUGUUGCUCUACUCACCUUCAGCACUUGUUGCACAGAACGAAGACAGUGUGGCGAUCGCGAUGCCCACUGGAGAAUCACUUACCAGUUCAUUCGAUUUUGCGCAAAAGGAGAGCUGGGUUCUCUCUCAACAUCUAAAGUAUCCUGCGAUCGGCCGUGCGCAGAAAGUGUACAAUGUUCAGAUCGCCCUUUCAGCUCUAACUAGGGAGCACAAUGUCCCAAGCCAUGCAGUCAGGAAUAUUCGAGCGGAGGAAAUUGUUGACGGACACCGCGAGAAGACGCUUAGCCUCUUGUGGUCGCUUGUGGGUAAGUGUGGACUGGGACGGCUGGUCGACUGGCCUCACGUCGUGAAGGAGACCGAGCGCUUUCGUCAGCAGUGGUACAGGACUCGCGACAAUUUUGGUGAGCGCGAGCUGGACUCAGACGAAGAUGAUCUCACAACCGAUGUGGAUGGGCUGGUAUAUCACACGCGUGUCCUUCUCUCCUGGUCCCGCUCGAUCGCUCGCUUCCAAGGACUGCGCGUAUCAAAUCUCACAACCAGCUUCGCCGAUCCAAAAGUCCUCGAGACCAUUGUCGACAGAUAUCUGCCAGACACACUCUCUGUUGACGGCAAGUCCAGUCUCACCGCCAAACUUCGCGCGAUAGGCUGUUCUACGUCGUUCAUUUCGCUCUUUACAUCAAGCCACAACGCCCGCUCCAUUCCCUCACGCGACUUCACACUCCUCACGUUAUCUUUUCUCGCAUCGCGCCUCCUACCGCUCAGUAUGAUGCACCGUGCCGCGUCAACCAUCCAAAGUGCAUUUCGGAAGCACGUUGUGCGCAGACAGACGCGCCAACACAUUGUUUUGCUUAAACUCGCACAUGAAGCUGCUAUUGUUGCACAAGCGAGGCAAAGGCUGGUGGAUGCUGCGACUGUGAUCCAGCAGCGUUGGAGGGCUGUGCUAGAGCAGAGGAAGAAGCAAUUGGAGAAGGAUGUAUUAGCUUUUCAGGCAUUAGCAAGAGGAUGGGCGAUUCGAAGAUGGGUGAGACGUAUUACAGCAGGAAGGGUUGGAGGUAGAGGGAAGCUCAGACGGAUUCGUGGUGGAUGGUGA